AUGUACUCCAUCAGCAGUGAGGAUGCAGACAGCUACUUCUGUGCUGUAAAAGGCCAUCGCAGCUCUCCUGCAGUGUAUAAACCAAAGAACCCCUCAGUGUCAGUCAGUCCCUCUGGUGAAAUAGUGGAGGGCAGUUCAGUGACUCUGACCUGCAGCAGUGAUGCCAACCCACCUGUGGACAAAUACACCUGGUACUUUCAAAAUGAGACUUUUCUAAAUGGAUGUGGACAGAUGUAUAACAUCAGUAACUUCAAGUCAGUGGACAGUGGACAUUACCACUGUGAGGCCUGGAAUAGAAGAGGAUCUAGGAACUCUACAGCUCUGAUGAUCAUUUUACCAGUGAAACAGACCUCAGUCCUGACUGCAGCUGUAGGAAUCACAGUGGUUCUGGUUCUCAUCCUCUGUCUCUCUGGACUCAUGUGGUUCAGGAAGAAGGCCUCCAAAUCCACCUCUGACACAAGAGACACAUCAGAGAAUGUACAGGGAGACUCUAGUCCAGUGUAUGAAAACGUCUCAAGCAUGUCCACAGCCCCUACUGCAGCACAGACAGCAGCCACAGUCGACCAGGAUGACAUUCACUAUGCCAGAGUCCACUUCUCUCACUCCAAAAACCAGGAAGUGCCUCUGUACUCCACCGUCCAGCUGUGUAAACCCCAGAAACAGGAUGUCCAGUACGAUGCUGUGAAAUUCAACCUCCCCAGUGCUGCCACCCGACCCACGGCAGCACAAGCAGCUGAGGAGGACUUUUCUGAGAACUAUAGUAGAGUCAACAAACCCAGAAGACCUGAACACAACAAACCCUGAACCAAGAAGACAUGAACUCACCAAACCCAGAACCAAGAGUACCUGAACACAACAAACCCAGAACCAAGAGGACCUGAACACAACAAACCCAGAACCAAUAGGACCUGAACACAACAAACCCAGAACCAAGAGGACCUGAACACAACAAACCCAGAACCAAGAGGACCUGAACACAACAAACCCAGAACCAAGAGUACCUGAACACAACAAACCCAGAACCAAGAGGACCUGAACACAACAAACCCAGAACCAAUAGGACCUGAACACAACAAACCCAGAACCAAGAGGACCUGAACACACACAACAAACCCAGAACAAAGAGGACCUGAACACAACAAACCCAGAACCAAGAAGACCUGAACACACCAAACCCAGAACCAAGAAGACCUGAACACAAGUUUGACAUAAACCCUGUAUAUCUGGACCUGUAUAGUCCAACUAAGUGAUAUCAUUCUAUCAUAAGAUACGCCAUUUAGAAACACUUUUAACCAAAGUGACUUAUUAUGUGUGGAUACAUCUUUCAUGCCGGUGGUCCCAUUGGGACCCAUUCACCAUGCUGUACCAACUGAGCCACAGGACUACUGUAUUCACACUGGACU